UCCAUGGCAGUGUGGGUUUGGUUGAGCACAAGCAGCUUGAGGAAGCCUAGAGGAGGCAGCGAGCAGGAGACUGACAGGCCUUACAUGAGCAGGCGAAAAAAGAAAAAUUAAAUAAGAUUCCCAACGAAUACCGACUUUGCAAAACUGAAAAAAAUUACCUACAUCUCCAUAUCUCAUACGUGCCUUCGAUAUAACUGGAGGAACCGCCAAGAGGCGACUCCAUGAAAGAUGACGGAGGAGGUGAUAGUUGUAGCCAAGUGGGACUACACGGCCCAGCAGGACCAGGAGCUGGACAUCAGGAAGAACGAGCGCCUGUGGCUGCUGGACGACUCCAAGACGUGGUGGCGUGUCCGCAACGCCGCCAACCUGACGGGCUACGUGCCGUCCAACUACGUGGAGCGCAAGAACAGCCUGAAGAAGGGCUCGCUGGUCAAGAACCUGAAGGACACCCUCGGUCUUGGCAAGACUAAGAGAAAGACCAGCGCCCGCGAUGCCUCCCCCACGCCGAGCACCGACGCAGAGUUCCUGUCCAAUGGCAGCGGAGGGGGCGGGGCCGAACGCAUCUACGACCUCAACAUCCCGGCGCUGGUGAAGUUUGCCUACGUGGCGGAGCGCGAAGACGAGUUGACUCUCGUCAAGGGGUCGAAGGUCGUCGUCAUGGAGAAGUGCAGCGACGGCUGGUGGCGGGGCGGUUCCGGCGGUCAGGUGGGCUGGUUCCCCUCCAACUACGUCCUGGAGGAAGGGGAGGGGGAGGCGGCCUCGGGGGACCCGUCGCCAGGCUACCAGCGGGUGGGCGGAGCGGCGGUGCUGGUCAACGGCCAAUCGGGGCCCUGCAGCAAGCCCCUCCACACAGUCCAGACCUUGUACCCCUUCAGCUCUGUGACGGACGAGGAGCUGAACUUUGACAAGGGCGAGGUGAUGGAGGUCCUGGAGAAGCCCGAGAACGACCCGGAGUGGUGGCGCUGUCGGAACGCCCGGGGCCUGCUGGGGCUGGUGCCAAAGAACUACGUCCUGGUCCUCGGCGACGGUCCCGCACCCGGCUCCGCCCCCGGCUCCGUCCACUCCCCCCAAAUCACCUCCAUAGGGCCUUCCAGCACGGGCAAGUUCGCCGGGAAGUCCUGGUACUACGGCGAUGUGACGCGGCACCAGGCGGAGUGCGCGCUGAACGAGCGGGCGUCCGAGGGGGACUUCCUGGUCCGGGACAGCGAGUCUUCGCCCAGCGACUUCUCCGUGUCCCUGAAGGCCGUGGGGAAGAACAAACACUUCAAGGUGCAGCUGCUGGAGGGCGUGUACUGCAUCGGCCAGCGCCGCUUCCCCAGCAUGGACGAGCUGGUGGAGCACUACAAGAAAGCGCCCAUCUUCACCAGCGAGCACGGAGACAAACUCUACCUGGUCCGACCUCUCCUGUGACCCUCCCCCACACACACACCCGCACACACACGCAAGCGCACGCACGCAGACCGGAGCACCGUCCCUUGGCGCGGCCCUGUCCCAACAACGAGCCAUCUUGUAGCGUACAGUGGGAGACGCUGCAGGCGUGUUGAGCCCUCUCCUGUUCUGCCGGUGUCGUGGAACGCCGGAGGCACGCGCUUCGGUUGCGCUACGGUUGCGCUACGGUUGCCAUGGAACUCUGCGAGUGGGGGGGGAAUACAGCAGCAACCGCUGGUCACAGUAGCUCCUCCCCGACUGACCCUUCUCUUCCUCGUUCUUUUGACUUACUGGGCAACGGCGAAUCGCUUGACAGCGUUCGUUUUGUGCGGACAGAUGUCCGGAAAACGCCUUUACCCUGUGGCCUUGUGGCAUGGCUGGUGAACAGCACAACUUCCCAGGUUCAGACCUCCUCCCUCUGCAUCGAGGUGAUCGCUGCACUUGGGGAAUGGAGUUUUUCGAAAUGAGUUUGGAGGUCGUUCUGGAGCUGUUUCACAGAGGUAAACCUACACCCACGCUCUGUUUACCUACAUCCAGUUGGACCCUGGAUACCUUUGACUGACUAGUUGUGGGGACAGAAACCAGUAUCCAGCCAUUGUAGGAAGGAAGUCUUCCUCAACCGACCAUAUAUGACAGUGGCCAGCGCAGCAAGGGAGAAGUGGUCUUUACGUGUCGGGGAGAUCUGGCUGCUUGGUUUGGCUGGAGAGUCGUCCCUCAGGGGAACGGGGGAACCGGGACCGUGUUUGAGCCAGGAAGGGAUUAGGGCGCCCCCUGGUGUUGUGUUGUGGAAGCGACCAUGUUAACCAUAGUAUGCUGUGAGUCGAAUGUCUUUUAGAUGUACAACCGAAUGUGCCACCCUGGUAUUGCCUGUGUUCCAUGUGCCCAUGUGUGAACCCAUCAUUUCUCCGAAGAGUGAGACGCAGCCAAUUGAAGACACCAUUUCACAAACAUAAAAUUAUUUUUAUUUUGUUUUUUGGGGGGGGCUUGGGCGGGGGGGGUUGACCAUCUGUUUACCAUUGGUUCAAUGUUUCUGCUUUUUUUUCUAAAGAUCUGUCUUAAUGUUACUGAGCACUGUAAUUUAAUUCUCGUGUCAGCUGUAUAUGUCUAUUUAAACAGAACAAAAGGUAAAUAUAUUAAUUUAUAUACAGCGCAAAGGUACUCUACUCCAACUCCAAGUAUGGUGCAUUCUGAAAGGCUUUUGUUCAAUAAAAAGAUUUCCUAAAUAAGCAAAA